UAUUUGAGAGAGAGGGGAGAGAACUUAAAGCUCUUGAUUACUCUUAUGUAACUUGAGAAACAAAUUUUGGGAUGUACAGUAAUUGUUUUAAAGUGGUUUAUAAGAAUCCGACACAAAUUCUUUCCCUUUUUUUUAGUUCUUUUAAAACAGCAAUUUGACGCAGAUAGUAAAAUUUCUCAUAUUUUUUAAUCUUUCGUCCAAAAAACCAUGAAAUGGGUGAAAGCUUGAUUCAAUCAGGCUGCUGAAGAGUUACCAUUGAUAAAAAAAAUUAGGUGGAGGUGAGCUUAGUUAGCUUCUACAAAUGGUAGUUGGGUAUUCUAUCAGGAAUUAAUAAAGAGCUGAGCUUCAGAAGUAUCAAAUUGGUGAAGCAUGCACAGUUCAGAGAAAUCAAGGUUUCGUCCAAUCAGAAUCAAAGUCAUCCGAUGGGAAUCAAUGCAUAUUCAUUUUGCUUGGAAUGUGGGAUAAGUAAGCCGGCUUCUGCUGAUUUGACAACAUUCUCUAUUUUAUCUUUUGCUACAUUACAACUGUCUAUCUGCCCUGCCGGCUUCAUUUCUUGCAUCGGUAGGUUGUUGUUCAAUUCUCUUACAAAAAACAUAUGCUAUAUGACAACUUAAUGGAACUAUGACAAUGUACAAUUAAAAUAACACGCUAUUCUUGUCAUUUUUAUUUCACACUAAACUUGCAAUCCAUAGUUACUGUCUCCCUGCUGUUACCUGUCUUUUCCCAAUUCUUUAGACUGUAUUGGAUUUUAGGAAUUUAGUGCAUCCAUGGCUGCUGGUUCUUCCGGCGACAGAUCACUUCAGGAGACACCCACUUGGGCUUUAGCUUUAGUUUGUGCAGUUUUUGUGAUCAUUUCUCUUCUUAUAGAGCAUGGCAUUCACUCAUUAGGGAAGUGGUUUCAAAAACGACAUAACAAGGCCAUGAUUGAAGCUUUGGAGAAGAUAAAAGCUGAGCUAAUGCUAUUAGGCUUCAUUUCUCUACUACUUACUGUGGGUACAAAAUAUAUUGCAAAAAUAUGCAUUCCUGAUAAAUAUGGGCACAACAUGCUCCCCUGCAAGCCCUAUGAGGAAGCCUAUAGUGGAGAUGGAGGAGGAGAAGAAGAUGGACGGAGAAAGCUGCUUUCCUUUGGCGGAGAUGUGGUAUGGCACCGAGUUCUGGCAGCCGCUGCCGGCGGUGAUGAUUAUUGCACCCAACAUGAUAAGGUCCCAUUGAUUUCACAAACAGGAGUGCAUCAAUUGCAUAUAUUCAUAUUUGUUCUUGCUGUUUUUCAUGUUCUUUAUAGUGUCCUUACUAUAGCACUCGCACAGGCUAAAAUGAAGAAAUGGAGAACCUGGGAGUUAGAAACCUCAUCCUUAGAGUACCAGUAUGCUAAUGAUCCUUCAAGAUUCAGAUUGGCUCAUCAGACUUCUUUUGUGAAGCGUCACUCUGGCAUCUCUACAGCUCCUGGAAUCAGAUGGAUUGUUGCUUUCUUUAGGCAAUUCUUUGGUUCUGUAACAAAGGUGGAUUACUUGACAAUGCGCCAUGGAUUUAUCAAUGCACAUUUUGCUCCAAAUAGUAAAUUUGAUUUCCACAGAUACAUAAAAAGAUGCAUGGAAGAUGACUUUAAGGUGGUUGUGGGUAUUAGCCUCCCACUCUGGAUAUUUGCCAUUAUCUUCUUGCUGCUGAAUGUUUACAGAUGGUAUACUCUAACCUGGUUGACGAUUGUGCCUUUCAUCAUACUUCUUUUGGUGGGUACUAAACUGGAGCUCGUGAUAAUGGAGAUGGCUCAAGAAAUUCAAGAGAGAACUACAGUUGUAAGAGGAGCUCCUGUAGUCGAACCUAACAAUAAGUUCUUCUGGUUUAAUCGACCCCAGUGGGUUCUCCUUUUAAUUCAUUACACAUUGUUUCAGAACGCAUUUCAAAUGGCAUUUUUCUUGUGGACAUGGUAUGAAUUUGGAUUGAAAUCUUGCUUCCACGAAAACCUGGCGGCCAUUUUGGUGAGGGUGUUUCUUGGAGUUGCCCUUCAGUUCCUAUGCAGCUACAUAACUUUUCCUCUUUAUUCCUUAGUAACUCAAAUGGGUUCGCAUAUGAAGCAGCCAAUAUUUGAACAACAAACAGCAAAAGCACUCAGAAUGUGGCGGAAAGCGGCGAAGCAUAAAAACAAAUCAAGAAAACCGGGCGGCGGAGGAAGUUCUCCAGGUUUCAUGAGUGUUGAAAGUCCUACACCAAGCCAAUGUACAUCCCCUAUGCAUUUGCUCAAUGGCCGUAAGUACAGCUCCAGUCAGCCGGACAUUGAAAGUGUCCCUAAUUCUCCCAUGUAUUCUUAUCGAUCUGAUACUGAUCUUUCUGAGUCUGAAGGAUCAAGUCACCAUAGACAUGAACCAAGAUUGCAAAAUUAUCCAGCUCAAGGUCAACAACCACAUAAUAAUGCUGAUUUUACUUUUGUCAAGAUUUGAAGGAUGCAAUUCUCUAAACUUUGUAUUUUUCCAGUUGUUGUUUUGCUUAAAUAAGUAAUUAAUUGACAUUCAAAAUAACUAUUAUUAUACUUUAAAAGUAUAGGAAAUUAUUAGAAUUAUAUAAUAAUUUUUAAUUA